CAGUCGUAGCGGCUGAUAAUCCGAUUCAAGUCAUAUCAACAUUGGCCAUAGGGAGAAUUUCAUUGGCAAAGGCAGGCAGGUAAGAGCGCAAAAGAGAGCUGGUGGAAGAAGAAGAACUGGAGGUGGUUGGAAUAUGGGAACAGAGAGAGAGAGAAAGACUCCCAAUUCCAAUUUCCAAUUCUUUGGAGGCUCGCUCCGGGCAGGUUCGGAUCACUUACAAUACACAGCUCUACGAAGGAAGGUGAGAAUACGUGCAAAGGAGUAUGGGAGAUUACGUGCGCCAGCAUCUACGCAGAGGAGGUAGAGGGGAGAAGUACAGUAGAAUGGUCUGAGCAGCAGGGGAAAAGCAUGGUGGCCUGAUGGUGAUGGGUCAGUGCACCAGAGUAGAGGUGAGGUUACGCUAGGUCGGAGAGGGCAAUAACGCCGAGCGAGAGAGGAUUUUUUCCAUUGGAAGCGUUGGCGGGAGGAAAGUGUACCCACCUUUUGUGGCAAUAAAGUGUACCCACCUUUUUUACCUUUUAUGUAUAAAAGAAUUAGGCAAAUUUGCCACCCGCCAAAUCAAACACAGCAACCCACCAACCACCACCACAAUGCUGGAGACCAGUAGAGCAACGACGACCUAUCGGCGACUUCUGCUGCUCUGUUUUCUUUCUUCUUCUGCGCUCUGCUUUCUUCUCUCUGAACCAGUCGAAGGAGAAGAAGAAAUCGUCAGCAGGUCUCAUUUCCCAGAUGGGUUUCUCUUUGGCACCACCACUUCUGCUUACCAGAUUGAGGGAGCUUAUCUUGAUGACGGAAAGGGUCUCAGCAACUGGGAUGUCUUUUGUCACGUUCCGGGAAACAUUAAGGAGAAUGGCAACGGGGACACUGCUGACAAUCACUACCAUCUUUUCUUGGAGGAUAUUGAAUUGAUGCAUUCCCUUGGUGUGACUGCAUAUAGAUUGUCAAUCUCAUGGACCAGAAUUCUACCCAGAGGGAGAUAUGGUGAAGUAAAUCCAAUGGGGAUCAUGUUCUACAACCGUAUCUUAGAUCGUCUUUUACUUAAGGGGAUUGAGCCAUUUGUGACCAUACACCACCAUGACAUCCCACAAGAACUCGCGGACAGAUAUGGGGGAUGGCUCAGUCCUCUAAUGCAGGAAGACUUUGUGCAUUUUGCCAGAAUUUGCUUCGGGAGUUUUGGGCAUAAGGUGAAGCAUUGGGCGACCAUCAACGAGGCAAACCUGUUUGUGGACAUGGCCUAUAUUAGGGGAUGGUAUCCACCAUCUCAUUGUUCUCCACCAUUUGGAAUCUGUUCAACUGGAAAUUCUGAUGUAGAGCCUCUCAUUGCUUUGCAUAACAUGAUAUUGGCCCAUGGCAAAGCGGUUAAGAUAUAUCGCCAAGAGUUUCAGGGAAAGCAAGGUGGUUCCAUUGGGAUAGUUCUGCAUGCAAUGUGGUAUGAGCCACUAAGAGCCAAUAAUGAGUUAGAUCAGCAAGCUGUGACUCGGGGGUUAGCCUUCGGUGUGGGUUGGUUAUUAGAUCCCUUGGUAUAUGGAGAUUAUCCUUCCGAAAUGCGCUUAUUGCUUGGAGAUACACUGCCAAGGUUCACAGUUGAUGAAAUGGACUAUCUUAAAGGAAGCAUAGAUUACAUUGGUAUCAACCAUUAUCUAACACUGUACGCAAAAGACUGCCUCCAUUCUUCCUGCGCUCCAGGGGGAUCAGAUCAUGCUAUCCGAGGCUAUGUUUACACCACAGGAGACCGUGAUGGGGUCCCGAUAGGUCAACCGACAGGGAAUCCAAGGUUCUUUGUGGUACCAGGAGGGCUUAAGAACAUUGUUAACUACAUUAAACAAAGAUACAAUAACAUGCCAAUGUAUGUUACUGAAAAUGGAUAUGCGCCGCCACCAGGUGAAGAAGUGCAACUGAAUCAAAUACUGCACGAUGUCAAAAGAAUCGACUACCACAAGUCCUACCUUGCUGCUGUUGCCAGCUGCAUAAGGGAUGGAGCUGAUGUUAGAGGAUACUUUGCAUGGAGUUUGAUGGACAACUUUGAGUGGAUUGAUGGGUAUACUGUGCGAUACGGAUUGUAUUAUGUCGAUCGAACGACACUUAAACGUAUCCCCAAGACAUCUGCACUCUGGUACAAAGAUUUCCUCGCAAAUUCUUCUGGCAAUGCUCUUGACUUAACACAAUACCACGGGAGACUAGAGCAGGAUUUAAGAGUUGCUGGACUGGAAGAUCUGUAAACUGCUAAAACAGUACUUAUUGGAAGGUAAUACAUAAGCCUUGUAAUUAGUUUGUAUCUACGCCCGCAGGCAACUGUGAAAUUUAAACCACUGCUGUAUACAAAAUCACAAGCACUUGUUCUUUCUUCCAGUGUUCUUGUUUAUUUGUAUCGGUUCGCAAAAUGUUCUUAUGGCAAUUUUAUUAUACAUUAUCAUGAUUUUAUUACAAUAGUUAACUGUUAUCAUUAAAAAUAUUAUUUAGACUGCUAAUCUUGUCGAUUUGAUUAUUUAUUUAUUUAGUGUUAGAAACAAGAUUUCAUCACCAGAAAAGUUUCGGUACUCAACAAAGACUUUACUAUCAC